AAUAAUAAAUAAUAACAGUGCAGUACUGCAGUUGUCAGCCUAUGUAGACAGUGUCAGACUCAGUACCAUACACAUUUUGUUUUGGUAUUCGCAUUUCGCUUUUAUAGUUUUGUGAAUAUGUCUUCGGUUGUCUGCGAUGCGAGCUGGGACAAGUGAUCCAGGCAGUGAACUCGAAGAUAUGACGUCCAACGAUUCCGGCGUGGAGAGCAGUACGGACAACGACGAUUGUGCACAGCCAAAGUUCAACAAAAGGCUUGUGUCAUCCGCUGAGAUGUCUCUAGUGCCGGUUCGUAGGAUGAAGAACCAAGAUUUUCCGUUAUCCCUGUGCCUCAACUCUAUAUCCGAACCUCCGAUCGUGUUCGCGCGGCCCAUGCUCAACGAGAUUCCUGGCCGUAAGCUCAAGUGCCUGUUUGAAUUGGCCAACCCCACGUUUCCCGGCACACUGGAUAGAUUCCAAUCUUGUCUGACACCCAUUCAAGAGUACACAGAAAUGCUGUUGAAAAUGGAGAAGAAGGAUGGUUCUACUCAGACCAGAAACAAUAUUGGCCCGUGCCGUGUCCACGCAUGUCGUGGUUACGUGAGGUCAAAUGCUUUUCAGUCUAGAGACAGUCACAAACUAUGUCGAGCUGCAAACAUGAAUAACACUGAACUACUGGAGCAAUUUCUCAAGAACGGUGUUGAUCCAAAUUGUUGGGACAGUAGAAAACGUACGCCCUUACAUUUGGCCGCAAGCAAAGGAUAUGCAGAGGCUGUGGGAUUGUUGUUGAAGUAUGGUGCCAAUCCAAAUAUAAAAGAUGCUUUGGGAAACAAUCCAUUGCAUUUGGCUGCUUGUACACAUCACAUGGAUGUAGUAACAUUACUUUUAAAAGGAGGAACAGAUGUAAGUAGCUGUGAUGCCCAAGGCCGAAGUCCUCUGCACUUGGCCCAAUCAAAAUUACGCCUGUUAACUCAUUGCAAAAGUGACGUUUGCACAUCUGUCAAACAGACAGUAUUACAGGUAAUUGAAAUGCUGCUAGCAUAUUUUGACAAAAAAAACAGCUCAGAUGAAGCAGAACUGUUAAACGCCUUUCAAACUAGAUUACAAAUAUCAGAUACAGGAGAAAGGGUUAGUACUGAAAUUCAAGACCUUUUAAACAAUUUAUCAACAUUAAAACUAAAUAAAUAAACCUGAAAUCAUUCGAAAUAUGUUUUUUAUAUCGAUAACAUUUUAUAUUUAUAUUAUUGGUUACUGUCUUAUGGAAUUAUAACUUUUUUCAGUUAGAUUUGUGAAUUUAAGUUAAUAUUAUAAUUUGAACUCUUCUAUUAUUGAGCUAUACAUUGAUUGUAGAUAUAAGUAAUUAUAAUCUAAGGAUGUUCAUUUUUUGGGAGAAUAAUUUUUGAAACUAUGAAAUAAAAAUCUGCUGAAAGUUAGAAAAAUAAGUAGUUAUACCUUUAUUCAGUUCAUCUCGGUACUUGGCAACUGUUACAUUUAAAAAAAAAACAAUGGUUGAAAACUAUAUU